AUGCUCCUAUCGGCUGUCCCGAUAGCGUUGAGGGAGUUGUUCACUGCGUUGAAGAAUCUCAUCUGGUUCAUCGUCCGCAACCUACACAUUCGUGUCUACAAACCAUUGGUUGCGGUCUUUCGUCCAACUCGCCGGUCCAGUCGAGGAUCGUCCGAUUCGUCGCUGCUCCCAUUCUUUCCAAGUACCGAGCCGCAAUGGACAAGGGCAAUGACGGAGGUUAUGGUGGACGAUGAACUGAAAUCCGAGGUCGCACAAGCUCGAGAGGACGACGAGCAAAACCCUCAGGCCGGUGUGCCGGACGUGGAAACUUUAUCCUCAGCUACCCCCUCCCACCGACCAUCCCUGAGUUCGAUUCCAGGGUUCUUUCCAACCACGCCGCAGUUGUUUCGGCGAUACUAUCGGGGCCAGAAAGUCACGAAAGUUCCGACACAGUACACCUUACCUCCCGGUCCUCACAAGAGCAAAAGAAAGACACCACACGGUUGGAUAGCAAAGGCUCAUCCAGAAGGCGCCCUCUAUUACAUCCAGGAUGAGAAACGUAUCUUCACGGACGCCCAUCUCCACAUUGACGCCAUAUUCGCCAUCGCAACUCGUUUUCUUCGACUUGUCGACCGCCUCGCCCCACCAAACGCGGACAUCGUGCUCGACUUCCGUCCUGCCAAGCUUGAAGAGCCAUACAACCCCGAAGGUUACACGUGCGGGUAUUACUUCGUUGACCACGAGGAACGAACCGUGUUCUGGGACUGUGCCUUUGACUCGAAACACUUCUACCGGAGCAAAGAGGUUUACAAUGUCACUUCGGCCUCGCAUAUACAAUUCGAACUGACUGCGCAAUACUGGCAGCACUGCGAGCUUUUUCCAUCAUCGAUUGCUCUUACUUCGGGGCAUAUUCGAGACCUCCAGGAUGUGUUGAACCACCAGAUUGGCGAUCUGCUCACGUCGCCGACCUCGACAGUCCCGUUUUCAGUCGACCACCUUCUCAAGGUGCUGACCGUCGUCAAUAAUAUGAGCGACUUUGUUGGGAAUCGAAGUGACGGAUCCAUGUGUAUUCUCGCCAGGUUUAUGUGGCUCUUUGAGCUCGAAAAGUUCUAUAACUUCUGUGGUGAACCAAAUGCCCGACUCGACAGUACCCAUUCCGUGUACAAGGGCUCGCAGAAACCGUCUUGGCUUAUCAAAACAGCAUCAAUAUUGCUAUUCAAUGCUCCAAUGAGGCAUCUUCAAGCGUUUGAGCAAAUCUUCAAGGACGAGCUACUACACCGGGCACCAUGGGACCAGCGGGUGGACACUUUGAUAACCCAAUACCAAGAACUAAUCCUUUUCGCAACGGUGCUACUCAACGCAAAUAUAGCAUUCCUCGCUAUACCUAUUGUCGACAACGGCGAUCACUCCCGCAAGCGCUCUGUCGCACAAAUUGCUAUAUACAUUUCUGUUAUCGCCAGUCUUGGGAGCGUUAUCGUCGGGCUCAUUCUUGCACGUCUGCUACGAGACCGGCGAGACUCUAGUUUCUACAGCGCGGCGACCAACCUCCACCACCACUACAAGUCCCGCUUCGGCCUCGAGCCGCUCUCUAUCCUGUACUCGUUGCCAUUUGCGCUACUGCUGUGGGGGGCGUUCACGUUUCUCAUCGCAUUCUUGACGAUGUGCUUCGCGUCCUCAGACGCCCCGACACAAGCCAUCGUGGCGGCAGUCGCGUCCUUCAUGGUCCUGGGAAUCCUCUGGUGCUUCGACCAGGGCCGGCAGAGGCGGUUCGCCGUCGAGAUACUCGCACAGCGGAGUCGGGUCAGCGGGUGGAUCCGUAGGCUGACAGGAACGCCAAGUCAGAAUGAUGAGAUGUGGAGCUACCACCUAUAG